CCGGACUCCCAGAGCUUCCGCAUCGAUCGAUCCUUCUUCCUUCUCACGCACGCACCGCACCACACCGCACCAUGUCGUGGCUCACGCGCACCAUCGCGGCCACGCUCUCCUCGCCGCGCGGCGAGCCGGACCCCGGCGCCGACGGCCACGAAUCCGAGACCUCCUCCUCCGUCGACAGGGCGGCCGCGGACGAGGGCUCCUCCUCGCCGCGCGGCCCCGUGGAAGAGGAGCCCGAGCAGCCCAACUCCCCGACCCGCGGCGUCAAGGACGACAUCUCCGAGCUCACCGAGACCCUCUCCCGCCGUCUCUGGGGCGUGGCGUCCUUCCUCGCCCCACCCCCGCCCCCGCCGCCGGAGUCCUCGUCCCCGCGCGCCGCUGCAGAGGUGGAGAGUGGCGAUGGGGAUGAGGAAGAAGACCCGCAGUUCGCGGGGAUCCGGAGCGAUCUGGCGGAGAUCGGGGGGAAGGUGAGGAGCGGCAUCUCGAUGCUGCAGAACAACAUGGCCGUGGCGGAGAUCUCCAAGAUCGCGUCCUCGCUCCUGCCGUUCGGGGAGGAGGAGGCGGACGAAGGGGAUGAUGCCGUCCCCGGUCUUACCGAGGAGGUGCUGGUGUUCGUCAGGCACAUCUCCACCCGGCCUGAGACGUGGCUCGAUUUCCCCCUCUUCAUCAGCGAGCGCUAUGCAGAUGAUUUUGAACUGUCGGAUGCUCAAUACCCGCAUGCAUUAGCUAUGGAGCACCUUGUGCCAAGCUUAUCAAAUCUAAAGGCUCAGAUUUGCUCAACUGAUAUGAGUGAAGCGUGUUUCUGGAAGAUCUAUUUUGUGCUUCUGCACUCAAAACUCAACAAACAAGAUGCUGAACAUCUUUCAACUUCACAGAUCCUAGAAGCAAGGGAGGAGUUGCUGCAAAGUUUACAGGCUAAGAAUAAGCGAGGAUCUAUGGUAACUGGGGAAUCAUCAGAGAAUAUGAAUGUGUCCUCUGCCCCUGUUGAAGAGAAGGUGAUACAGCCUUCAAGUAUUCAAGAUAAAGUUGCCUUAUCGGAGGUUCCAUCCUUCGAAGAACCCACUUCUGACAUCACGCCAGAAAUUGAGGCUGAGAAGUUCCAGAUCUCAACAACCACUGAGGUGGAAAUCAUCGACAAGUCAGUGAUCGAAGAAGAGUUGUCGGUGAAAGAUGAAAGCAAGACUUCACUUGUGGAGUCCAAAAUCCAUGUCGAGACUGAUGAAGAUGAGGUCGAUGAAUGGCCUGAUGAUGAUGACACAACCGAGGAGCCUGAGGCGGUUGGGACAGCAGGCAACCGAGCUUCACUGGGGCAGGAGGAAGAUGUAUCGUUCAGUGAUCUGGAAGAUGACGACGACGAUGACAAUAAAGGGCUUGGCAAGUAGCCAAGCUACCUCAAGGUCUGGUCCCAGGAUAAUCAUCUCAGCCUCUGACAGUCCCACAAGCACAAGCUGGCUUCAUUCGAGUGACGCCAGAUACACAGUGAUGAGAGGAUCAUUACUCGGUCACUUCUUGAAGUAUCCACGAACUGGCUGGGCCUCAGAUGCCCCUGAAUUAGAACCUUAAUGAUAGGCGUAAGUGCGUCCGCAGCUGGUGUUAGUGUUGAUGGCAAGUACAUCUGUAUUAUUGGUGGCUUUCUGUACAUAGAGCCCUAUGGGCGAGGCUGCUGCUGUAUAAACCAACUUGGCAACAUACCAGUGUCCAUCUGUCGCUGUUCAUUUCGAGCAAGAGGCACACAAGACUGCAAAAUGCUCUCGCCCUUUUGUUUGGGUU